UUGUAAACUGUGGCACAUGGUUAUAUCGAGGCAUCGAUGUGUAGUUUGAUAAUUCCGAUAUAUCUAUAUCUAUGCCAAUCGUAACUUCUCGCUAAUAUCAUUAAUAGAAUAUUAUUCGAAAUAUCAGCGUGCAAUCAAAUAAAAUUAUUUCUUAAUUAAAAGCUCUAUCUGUUUUAUUGUGUUUUAUGUAAUAUCAAAUAUCCGGCAUUUUUGUACAUAACCUCUGCAUAUUUUAUUUGCUUAUAAUAGUGAUUUGAAUCUCUAGUUAUAUUUUAAACUAACUUUUUGUUAAUAUGAUGUGAAUAUACAGAAGUGUAUGAAAAUUAGUGAAAAUCUAUCCUUUGCAGUUGACAUAAUGUACGCACAUAUAUAGUUUUAUAUUGAAACAACAAUUUCAAAAUAUCAAUGUGAAUUAAUACAUGUAACACAUAUUUUCUUAUGAAAAUAAUAAAUUAAUUAAUUCAAUAAUGUGGUGUUACUUUUGCAAGAAAACACUUGUAAACAAUGUUAAUGCAAUCUGUAGGAGAACGUCUACUGUUGCGAAUGUUGAUAAAAACGCCAACGAAUUUGUGCUCUUGGGUCGAAAAUAUGCGACGGACAAUUGGACAAAUGUCACUCCAAGCAUUGUAGCUAAAUUAGAAAGAAACUUGCAUGUUAAGCAAUACCAUCCACUGUCACUCUUACGUCAGCGCAUUGUAAACUAUUUUUAUGGACAGUUUCGCGGUAAAAGCGGAACACCGUCCUUUAGUAUAUAUGAUAAUAUAUGUCCUAUAGUGACAGUUGCUCAAAAUUUCGACUCCCUUCUUGUACCGAAAGAUCAUCCAAGUAGAAAGAAAACUGAUUGUUACUUCAUAAAUCAAGACACAUUGCUGAGAGCACAUAUGACUGCGCAUCAAGCGGAAUUAAUUUCGAUGGGAUUAAAUAAUUUUCUUGUCAUCGGGGACGUAUACAGACGUGAUGAAAUUGAUAGUACGCAUUAUCCGGUUUUUCACCAGGUUGAUGCAGUCAGAUUGCGAACAUUGGAAGAAAUAUUUUGCAAUGUAAACGAUUCUGAAAGUAUGAAGCUAUUUGAGCAUAGAGGAAUAGAAAACGCUGAGAAGCAGGGUUGUCAUACAUUAGAAGUAGUGAAAAUAAUGGAGCAGGAAUUGAAAAAUACUUUAAUAAGCUUAGCACAAAUUAUAUUUGGCAAAGAGGUGCAAUGCCGAUGGGUUGACCAAUAUUUUCCAUUCACUCAUCCAUCAUGGGAGUUGGAAGUAUUCUAUAAUGACAAAUGGCUCGAAAUACUAGGCUGUGGCAUUAUGCGCCAAGAGAUUCUCCAGAAAUCCGGUGCCGUAGAUCGGAUCGGAUGGGCAUUUGGGCUUGGUUUGGAACGUUUAGCCAUGUGCUUGUAUAAUAUUCCGGAUAUAAGAUUAUUUUGGAGUAACGAUGCGGGUUUCUUGAAUCAGUUUAAAGUAGACAAUCCGAAUGCACAUAUACAGUACAAGCCUAUCAGCGUAUAUCCUCCUUGUACAAACGACUUAAGCUUCUGGUUACCACAAGAUGGAAGUUACUCUUCCCAAAAUUUUUAUGACAUAGUUAGAGAGAUAGGUGGUGAUGUUAUUGAACAAAUUUUGCUGAAAGAUGAAUUCACCCAUCCAAAAACUAAAAAGACAUCCCAUUGUUACAGCAUAGUAUACAGACACAUGGAACGUACUUUAACUCAAAAGCAAGUCAAUAAGAUUCAUGAUCAAAUAGAAAAAACAGUAACUGCUAAACUUAAUGUAAUUGUUAGAUAAAGUUAAGAACAAAUUAUUUCCCUAACAGAAUAGUUCUUGUAUCUAGAGGAUGAACUCUAUGAAUAAUUUACUUCAAACGAUAUUAUCGAUUUUAAUAAAAUGUGGACAUGAAUUAUAUGAGCAAUAUGAAUAUUGCAAGUCAGGUUAAGGAAUAUAUUAUUUUAUUUGCAAAUAAAUUAAUCAUAAACGCAUUAUACAUAGUAAAUAAUAGUCUUCUAAAAACAGCUAUUAUAUUAUUUGUGGUAUGCUUCAUCCACAUUAGUGAUAACAACGAUUACAGGUAUGUUCUACAUGCUUGCAGUAUAUACAUGAAUAUAAAACAUAUUACG